GACAAAUCGUGUCUGAGUCAGUGAGAGAGAGAGAGACAGCCCUUAAAGAGGGAGGAGUCUUUUUAAUCGAUACUGGGAAACGAAGGGUUUUUUUAAUUGGGAAGUAUCGAGGGUGCAGCACUACAGAAAAAAAGGAACAGGGGAGAUUCGCGACAGACCGAUCAAGAUCUUCAGAAGGACUGAGUCGAUUUCAUUGGAAGCUCUUGUCGUGUGAAAUCUAUCGACCUGCACAUUUCCUUCAGCAAUGGCUACGUUGUAUCUGAUUCCCUUCGUCUUGUUACUUCAAACCUGGAGUGUUUGUGAUGCCCAGAACGUGAAAGUGGAACCCUUCAUUUACGGCUACGUGGGGAACCAGGCAGUCCUGCGGUGCCAGUUUGUGGAUCCUGACAACUCGCUCCAGGUCACACAAAUCACCUGGAUGAAGAACCCCACCACCACUAAGGUCAACCUGGCCGUGUACAACCCCGACUUUGGCGUCAACUAUCCGACCGACACCGGCGGCCGCAUCCACUUUCGCCAGGUCACCAACAUGGACGCCACGCUGAUCAUCGAUCGCCUGGAGAUGGAAGAUGAUGGGAUUUACAGCUGCGAGUUUGCUACUUACCCUGAUGGCAACCAGGAUGCUACCACCAACUUGACAAUUCUAGCCAAGCCAGAGAAUUCCGGCAAAACGAUCCUUGUCCAGGCUGGACACGCUGAAGUCCCCGUCGCCAGGUGUGUCUCGGCAAACGGGAAGCCUCCAGCCACCAUCAGCUGGUCGGGGGGCUCUGAGGGCAACGUUUCUGAGACUAUUACCAAAAACAGCGACGGCACUUUCACGGUGACGAGCGAAUACUUGAUGAUUCCCACCGGUGACAACAACGGGGAGAAGCUGACCUGUGUGGUAAUGCAACAGGCACUCGAUCGGCCGGUGACCAUUCCCAUCGAACUCUCUGUACAGUAUGCACCUAUCGUGAGCAUUGAGGGGUACGAUGAAAACUGGUACCUGAACCGGGAGCAUGCUUCAUUGACCUGUAGUGCAAAAGCCAAUCCCCAAGCUUUGACUUACAAAUGGCUCCUGAACGGGGAGCCCCUUCCUUCCUCCAUCCACGUGGAUGGACACCAGCUCACUGUACAGGAUGUGAGUUACGUUGUCAAUGGCACCUUCACCUGCGAAGUCACCAACACCAUGGGCACAGGUCGGGCGAAGAUGGACGUUGUGGUUCGUGAGGACCCAGUGGAUUCGGGAUCGACGACUGGAGCAAUUGUGGGUGGGAUCAUCGCUGCGAUCGUUAUCCUGACUGUGCUGGUCACUGCUGUCCUCAUCUUCAAGAGACAGAGGAAGAACGCGGGCGAGGAGGAAGAUGAUCUUGAACCCCCCAACUACAAGCCUCCUCCCCCAAAGAAGACCCUGGAGGGAACUGACAAGGUUAUGAAAACAGAAGACGAAAAGAUGGAGAGCAUUCCCAUUACCACGACCUACUAUGAGACUGGGGCAGAUGACGAUAAUCGAAUGACCCUGACCCAGUAUUACGAUGAGCCGGGCCUGAACACUGAAGUGAAGUCUGCUAACGUCGCCGUGCGCCCUGGGGACUAUCUGGAGCAGGAGAACCCGAUUUACAAUGACUUCUCGUACAAUGAGCCUGAGGAACAUCGUAAGAGCCAGGAGUUUGUGUCGAAGGGCAUGUACGUGUAGGCCCCAGGCUUCUCCUGGCGAAGACUCCCCAUCCCCCAACCCCCGCCACCAUCCUUUCCAACCUCGUUAUUUGCCUUAACACUAACACGGCUGCACUUCCCUUCUCUCUUCCUGACUGACACAGAAUUUAUACCUUCUCGGGUCUCGGGGGGUGGGAGUCUUCACACUCUCUAGUCUUGACACUAUCAAUCCUUGACACUUUUUUUUGUUGGAAUUUGUCCCGUUUGUCUCAGGAGACAGAAGGAGCUGGGCUGAGCCUGACCACUUUCCCUUUGGCACCCACUCUCCCUCCCCCAUACCCCACCCCCACCCCCUCAGUGCCCCAUACCCAGUAAAAGAUACUAGGCCCACAGAGUGUAAUAUGUGGCCUGGUCAUCACACUGUACACUACCAAGCCUGAGGUUGGGUUGGGGGAGGGAGGGGGCCUAGCUCUGUCCUCAUGGGGGCAUUGAUGGGGAUGGAAAUAAGGAGAUGGUUUUGUGUCAGGAGCUUAAACCCCUUAAACCCCUCUCUGUUCCCCAUUUACCCCCCCCCCCAUUACCUACUUACUCUGCACUGUCCCAAACUUUGGGGAGUCACGGUAACUCUGGGAACCUACAGGAGCUGGUUGACGCUGGUGAGUGACAAUUCCAUUGCCUUUAACAACGGCCACUCCCAGUCUCGCUCCUGUUUAAUCAGUUUCCCAAUGUGGUCGCUCUCAAUCCCUCCCCCGCCCCCCCAAUGUCCCCAUGUUCCUUCACUCUCAGCUCCCUACCCUCACCCCGUCUUCGGUGGAGAGAGAGAGAGUGCGCACGAUUGCGCUUCAUGAACUUUUCUCCUGCCUUCUUGGAAGCUACAGUUGAUUUUGUCAGCUAGCGGGGUGAGCGUGGGUAAUGGGAGGGGGGUUUUGGGAAGGUGCGUCUGGUGGGCUAUUGUCAGAAUGGGGGCAUUGGAGAGGUCAAUGGGUAUGGGGAUUGGGUUGGGGGGGCACAAGGUUGAGGUGCAGGUAAUUUGAGGAGGUGAGCGAUUGUUGGGCACUGAUGGAGAGAGGAAGGGGCAAACCUACAACCCCCAUACCCAAGGGUUGGGGAUAGGAGUCCAUUAACCGGGAGUACCGUUACGUGUAUCGCAGGGUAACCCACUUGGGUCAUAUCGCUCUCUGUCUCUGUCUUUCUCUCUCUGUCUUUCUUUCUCUCUCUGUCUUUCUCUCUCUGUCGCACUCUGUCUCUCUCACUCUGUCUCUCUCACUCUGUCUCUCUCACUCUGUCUCUCUGUGCUUCUUUCUCUGUUUUUCCCUCUGUCUCCUCUCUUUCUUUACUUGGGCUGAGCUCUGGGAUUUGUAAAAGCCACAGAGCUUGUGUCUGACUCUUUAACACUUGCUGAGCUCAGAGGAGUUUGUUGUGUUGAGGAUAACUAUUAAUUCAAUCUUCCUGAACUCUGGGUGAAGAGCCACAGGGAGGCGCUGCAAGGGUAUUUCAGAUCCAGAAGCAAUUUUAAACAUCUGGGAUGGAAAAUCCCUCUCUUUCUUAUCCGGAAUUUAGAAGCAAUCCAAUUUAAAUUUCAUUAUAGCCCUGCAGAAUUAUUUAAUUUUUUUUUAGUUGAAAGUACAAUCUGCUUUGUGUUUUUAAAUCCAGUUUUGUGAGGGGCGAUUGUUGGGGCCCUGUAACAGUUGGUGAAGCCCUUCCAGGCUCUGGAUCAGACUUUCUCAUUCACCAAAAAUAUCCCUCUUUUUUUUUUAAACAAAUUUAAUGACUUCUUAAAAAAAAUACCAUUGGAGUGAAGAUUAGAGGAGAAAUUAAGAGAUCACAGGCCUUAAAGGGUUAGGUCAGGAAUGACAUGAGAAGAAAAAUGAAUGAGGGGGGGUUGGUGAGAGGAAAAUGCAUUUAAAGUCUGUGUAAAUCCAGCUGUGGAAUUCUGUUCUGGAACUGAUGCAGGAAAAAGCAUCCAGUUAACAUCUACACAGACCCACUACUUCCUCAUAUCCCUGAAACUGCUUCCUUUCCAAUUUAUUGCUACAGCUCAUCCCCCCCCCCCGUCCCACUUAAAUAAUGUUCCUGUUGAAUCUGAACCCUUUCAGUCUCAGAUUUACAAGAGCACGGUGGCUCAGUGGUUAACACUGCUGCCUCCUAGUACCAGGGACCCAUGUUCGAUUCCAGCCUCGGGCAAGUGUUUGUGUGGAGUUUGCACAUUCUCCCCGUGUCUUCGUGGGUUUCCUCCGGGUGUUCUGGUUUCCUCCCACAAUCCAAAGAUGUGCAGGUUAGGGUGGAUUGGCCAUGCUAAAUUGUCCCAUAGUGCCCAGGGAUGUGUAGGUUAGGGUGGAUUGGCCAUGCUAAAUUGUCCCAUAGUGCCCAGGGAUGUGCAGGUUAGGGUGGAUUGGCCAUGCUAAAUUGUCCCAUAGUGCCCAGGGAUGUGCAGGUUAGGGUGGAUUGGCCAUGCUAAAUUGUCCCAUAGUGCCCAGGGAUGUGCAGGUUAGGGUGGAUUGGCCAUGCUAAAUUGCCCCAUAGUGCCCAGGGAUGUGCAGGUUAGGGUGGAUUGGCCAUGGGAAAGUGUCCCAUAGUGCCCUGGGAUGUGCAGGUUAGGGUGGAUUGGCCAUGGGAAACUGUCCCAUAGUGCCCAGGGAUGUGCAGGUUAGGGUGGAUUGGCCAUGGGAAAGUGUCCCAUAGUGCCCUGGGAUGUGCAAGUUAGGGUGGAUUGUCGAUGGGAUAUUGUCCCAUAGUGCCCAGGGAUGUGCAGGUUAGGGUGGAUUGGCCAUGGGAAACUGUCCCAUAGUGCCCAGGGAUGUGCAGGUUAGGGUGGAUUGUCGAUGGGAUAUUGUCCCAUAGUGCCCAGGGAUGUGCAGGUUAGGGUGGAUUGGCCAUGGGAAACUGUCCCAUAGUGCCCAGGCGUGUGUAGGUUAGGAGCGUUAGUCAGGGGAAAAUUUGGAGUUGGCGAUUUGGUGUGACUGGGUUAGUCUUUGGAGGGUCGGUGUGGACUGGUUGGGCCGAAGGGCCUGUUUCCACUCUGUAGGGAUUCUAUGGACUUGCUCCACCAAGAAAUACAGUUCCCUCCUCUUCCACCUGCCCUCUCUGGGGUCUUUCCCCUUCAACCCUGGGGGCUGACACUCCUGUCCCUGGGAACUGCUUGAAUUGAAUUGAUUGAAUCGAUGGAAAGCCGCGGCCUACCCCAAAUAAUUCCAAACGCCCUGAUUCAAUCUCUUCCCCAGCCUCUUACCCACUCCCAGGGCAACAGUCCAAGUCUCCCUGUGUGUCACUGAUCUGGGACCAUUCUGAUAAAUCACCUCCACAACCUCCUCAAACCCUUAGUGUCCUUCCUAAAGAUCCUGAGCUGCCCCUCUCUGAUUCCUGCCAGGAAGGACAUUUUCAUAUUCCCGCCUGGGAUUUUCCGAUUGGAUGUAAAUACUCCUUGCUUCGCUCUGAAUUGAAUGGCAGAAACAAUAGCUGACCAGGUAUAUGAGCCAUUGGAUUGUCACUACAGCAUUAACUCCACUCCGCAGUAUUCCCACUUUUUCUGUUUGCAUCUGACCUGGAAGGAAGAUUGAGUGACUGACUGAUUUAAAGCAGAAGAUGAUGGCGAUUGCUCGCACUGUGUUCUUUAAAAAGCUUGGAACUUCUGACCGUUUGAGAUUGCAAUUGGCAUGUGACUGACUGUGUGCCCCGAGGCGUGAGGGGGUGAUUACUGCCCACAAAGGAGUUCAGAACAAAACCAGUUUUGGGAGUUCCAGUUUCUGUUCUGAGUGUGAAAACACAUUUUUUUACCUCACUCUCAGUGAGAACACUACACUCACUUUUUAAGGGGUAGGUCUGCCGACUCGGUGCUGCCAGUUUGCACACACUAUGAUCCCAAUCACAGCAGUUUGGUGGCAACUCUCUCCAUUGAUUUGAAGAAAAGAAAUUGGCCCCCAGACACUAAGGAGAACUACACUUUCCCCACCCCAGUUCCUGACCCACUGACAGUGCGGCACUCCCAAAAUGCUGACCCUCCGACAGUGCGGCACUCCCUCGGCGCUGACCCUUCGACAGUGCAGCACUCCCUCAGCGCUGACCCUCCGACAGUGCGGCACUCCCUCGGUGCUGACCCUCCAACAGUGUGGCAUUCCCUCAGUGUGGCUGUGUCUGAGAUGAUUUAGAACCUUGUUAUUUGGAGUGGGAUUCCUGAGCAAUUGUUCACACUUGACCUAAGAUUGUCCGGUGCUAAUUGGUGGAAAACUGAGCUCUGUUCCCAAUUAGUUGAGGAGAUCUCCCCAUGUCCAUCUGGAAUCGAUGAUCCAAUUUAGCCUGAUGGUUAAUAUUUCAUGAAGAAAAAACAUAUCAGAACACCAACUCAUUGGCACAUAGUCAAUGACUCAUUUCUAAACAUUGUCCUUGCUGGCAAAAUGUGAACAUAUCAGAGGAAGUCUGAAGUAAUGCUGCUCUCUGGUGGUGAGUGCCAAUGACGUCAUUCGGUUGUGCAUUCUAAGCUAAUUCAUCAACACCUGCUUCUAUCGCCACGUAACACAGUCACAUGUACAAAGGUGCUCCACAUGAGUGUUCAUCGGACAUCUUUUGGCAAUUAGCCACGGGAGGAGAAUUUCAGAGGGCUGACUGAGAGAUGCGUGCUGUUAGGAACGGCCUUGACAGUGCAGUGGAUGUGAUGUAAUGGUAAAUAUUGUCCCAGUGGCCUGUUAUUUUCCACACAGACACUUCAUGAAACAUCACUGCUGCUGCUUUUUGGUUUUUUUUUUUGGCACGCUCAACUGAAUUACAAUUCUGUGAGAGAAGCUACAAGAUGUGAAUACUUAAUGUUCUGUGACGCAGUUUAUUGUGAUUUCUGUAAUUAAUCAAAGUGACACUACAUGGGAUUAAAUGCCUUUGAAUUCUGCUGCUGUUAAUCAUCUGAAUUUAAUAUUUGUGUAUGCACAAGCUGUGAUGAAAUUUAAGACUUAACACUAUCGAUGUGAGGGUGUAUCAGAACUGAUUUUGCUGUUUCAAAAUAAAAUUACUAAUGCUGUCCAAGUCACAGUUGGGCUAACUCUACAGGAAAUAUUUUGUAUAUCUUGGAUGAGUUUUAAGUUAUCUUUUGUAAACAAUAAACUUUUUCUGUAUUUGCA